UUAGCAGCCGGUCACAAACCGCUUGCACCGCCCAGGCUCCUUCAUACCCUUUUAAUACAGCAUUUUUCCAUCCAGAAUGCGAUGUUCCUAUCCUAACCACGAGAUGGCGAUUGGCGCCCAAAUCCCACUCCUGCUUUAAUUCGCCAAGGCAGACGCCGCUCCCGGGAGUCCAGGAGCGCGCACGUCCUGGAGCCCGCGUCCACUGCAGGCGCUGGUGACGCGCACGUGGUCUGCCGCAGUUACACGGACGACCGGCUUCCCGGCCCUGAGGAUCCGGACUCAUGUGGAAGCUGCUCCCCGCCACGGGCCCAGCCCAAGGAGAACCAUACAGACUUUUGACUGGUGUUGAAUACGUUGUUGGAAGGAAAAACUGUGGAAUUCUAAUCGACAAUGAUCAGUCCAUCAGUCGAAAUCAUGCUGUGUUAACGGCUAACUUUUCUGUAACCAACUUGAGUCAGACAGAUGAAAUCCCUAUAUUGACAGUAAGAGAUACUUCUAAGUAUGGUACCUUCGUUAAUGAGGAAAAAGUACAGAAUUGUGUUUCCCAAACUUUAAAGACAGGGGAUAGAGUUACCUUUGGAGUGUUUGAAAGUAAAUUCAGAGUAGAGUAUGAGCCUUUGGUUGCAUGCUCUUCUUGUUUAGAUGUCUCGGGGAAAGCUGCUUUAAAUCAAGCUAUUUUUCAACUUGGAGGACUUUCUGUAAACAGUUGGACAGAAGAAUGUACUCACCUCGUCAUGACAUCAGUUAAAGUUACAAUUAAAACAAUAUGUGCACUCAUUUGUGGAUGUCCAAUUGUAAAGCCAGAAUAUUUUACUGAAUUUCUCCAAGCAGUUCAGUCCAAUAAACAGCCUCCACAAAUUGAAAGUUUUUACCCACCUAUUGAUGAACCAGCUAUUGGAAAUAAAAAUAUUGAUCUAUCAGGGCGACAGGAAAGAAAACAAAUCUUCAAAGGGAAAACAUUUGUAUUUCUAAAUGCCAAACAGCAUAAGAAAUUAAGUUCAGCAGUUGCUUUUGGAGGUGGGGAAACUAAGUUGGUAACAGAAGAAAAUGAAGAAGAAGAUGGUUUCUAUUUAGCCCCUGGAACCUGUGUUGUUGAUGUAGGAAUAACAAAUUCACAGACUUUAAUUCCUGACUCUCAGAAAAACUGUAUUAAUUCAAUUAUGGAUUUGCUCAAGAGGCAGGGUCUUAGACCUAUUCCUGAAUCAGAAAUUGGAUUGGCAGUUAUUUUCAUGACAACAGAGAAUUACUGUGAUCCACGGGGCCAGCCCAGUACAGGAUUGAGGCCAACAACUCCAGGACCAAGCCUUUCCCAAGGCUUGUCAUUCAGUGAAAAACUAAUGUCAGGUGUCCCAGUGAAUACCACAGUAUAUGUACCUAACACAGAAUCAGAGCAAGCCGACACAUGUAUGGGCUUCAGUGAAAGGCCAAAAGAAAUGAAAAGCUCCAGAAUGGAGCAAAAAUUCAGAAUGCUUUCACAAGAAACAUCCACUGUAAAGGAACCUCCCAAAACAAGCUGUAAUAAUAUAAUCUCACAUACUCUGGUCAAGAUGAAAGUCCCAGACUAUCAGCUGUCACCAGCUAAAUUCACAGGUGUAAGUAAAGGUAGAGAUCGGGCUUCUCAGCAGCAACAGACCAACUCCAUCAAAAACUACUUUCAGCCAUCAACCAAAAAAAGGGGAAGGGAUGAAGAAAAUCAAGAAAUGUCUUCAUCGAAAUCAGCAAGAAUAGAAAUGUCUUGUUCUCUUUUGGAACAAACACAACCGGCUACACUCCCAACAUGGAAAAAUGAGGAACAGCAUCCAUCUCAGAAUGAACCUGUAGACAAAAAAUCAGAUAAUUUAUUUGCAGAUACAAAUUUAAAAUCAAAUGUGAAAAAUCUGACCAAUAAAUCUCUUCCUACAGAAAAGCUAAUAUCCAAAAGAAGAAAAGACAUUGAUGAUUUGGCCAUAGAAGAUGAAGUAUUAGAACAGUUACUCAAGAACACAAAACCAGAGUUGGAAAUUGAAAUGAGAGUUAAAAAAGAAGAAGAUGUCAAUAUUAGAAAAAAACCAAGAUUGAUUAUAGAAUCAAAUAGCAUUUUUAAUGAUGAAGCAAUACCGAAAAGUAACGAAGUAUCUCAAGAAAAUGAAAUUGGGAAGAAAUGUGAGACCAAGGAAGAAUCACUAUGGUCAACUAAAGAAGAACUGUCUAACAAUCAUGAACUUCAGGAUGAUGGUGAGAUGCUUCCAAAAAAGGUGAUACUGACUGAAUUUAGAUCACUGGUGGUUAGUAACUCUACCUCCAGAAAUCCAUCCAUUGUAAAUAAUGAUUAUGGUCAACUAAAGAAUUUCAAGAAAUUCAAAAAGGUCACAUUUCCUGGAGCAGGAAAACUUCCACACAUCAUUGGAGGAUCAGAUCUAAUAGCUCAUCAUGCUCGAAAGAAUACAGAAUUAGAAGAGUGGUUAAGGCAGGAAAUGGAGGUGCAAAAUCAGCAUGCAAAAGAAGAGUCGCUUGCCGAUGAUCUCUUUAGAUAUAAUCCUAAUGUAAAAAGGAGAAGAUAACAGAAUUUUUAAAGAAGCCAUGGAAACACAUUUCCUAGCAAGCAUUACUUCAUGCUUCCUGGAGUACAUGAAUGUAGUGUAUAGAAGAUUUAAAUUACACACAUUUUACGGCCUAAGUUUGUUAAUUAAAAUGCACCAAAUUCCAUUUUUGUGUGUGAGAAAGAAUAUUAUUUGUUCUGUUUUCAGAUUUUGUCAUCUCAUCUCUCAAAGUAAAUUUUUUUUAAGUUGUUUUAUUUAUUAAAUAAUUAAAAUAAUCAGUUCAAAGUUCUCCUAAGUACAAAAGGGUAGAGUCUCCCUUCCACCACUGUGUCUCAGCUGCUUGGUUUCCCUUUCCCAAAAUAAAGCCGUAAUACCCAUUUUUGUGAGUCUUUCUAGAGAUUUUUGUAAUGUAUAUCCCAAGUUCCUAUACCUACCAUUUCCCCAUAAUUUUCUACACGAAUGAUAGCAGAACAUAUACAAUGCUGUGCACCUUGGUCUUUUCACUGAAUAGAUUUGAGGAUCAAAGGCAUAUCAGAACAUGAUUUUUUUCUUUUAAUUUUGUUUCUUUUCCAUUAUGGUGUAGGCUUCACUGAGCUAAAAUGAAUUUCAGUGGUGAAAAUGUCACCCACGUGUUAUUCUAGUGUUGGAAACUGAAGACAAUAUAGAAGACUUUAUCUGACUGGUAGAUUAGUCUCACUAGAAUGGGGAAGGCCUAUACUUUUUGGUGGUAUAAAGUCAAAUUUAUCCAUUUUUUUCUUCUGUGGUUAAUGUUUUUUUUGUAUCCUAGGAUAUUUUAUUCAACUCCAAGAUUGCAAAAAUAUUUUCCUAUAUUUUCUUCUAGAAAUCAUGUUUAUGUUCAUGAUCCAUCUUGAAUUAAUUUUUGAGUAUGGUGUGAAGUAUGAGUCAGGGUCCAUUUUUCUGCCCCCAUAUGAUUAUUCAGUCAUUCUAGCACCAUUUGUUGAAAGAACUGUCCUUUUUCAAUUAUCUUGGCAACUUCGUAAAAAAUCAAUUGACAGUAUUUGGAUGGGCCCAUUUCUGGACUCUGGCCUUUGCAUUGAUCUAUUUGUCUAUCCUUACACUCAUACCAUGGAGUCCCUGGGUGGCUCAAAUGGUUAAGUGCUCGACUACUAGCCAAAAGAUUGGCGAAUUGAACCCACCAAGAGAAGCCUUGGAAGACACAUCUGGAGAUCAGCUUCUGAAAGGUCACAGCCUUGAAAACCCUAUGGAGCAGUUCUACUCUGCACAUAUGGGGUGGCCAUGAAUCAGAAUUGACUGGACAGCAACUAACAACACCACCAUCAUAUUCGUACCACCCUGUCUUGAUUACUGUAGCUUUAUAUUAAGUCUUGAAAUUAGGUACUAUAAAUUCUCCAAGCUUGUCAAUUUCUAUUUUGAAAAACCUGCUAGGAUUUUAUUUGGGAUUAUGUUGGAUUUAAAAAUCAAUUUGGGAAGAAUUGACAUCUUAAAAAUAUUCAAUCUUCCAAUCCAUGAGCAUAAUACAUCUGCUCAGUUACUAACUUGGAUUUUAAUUCUCUCAGCAUUAUUUUGUAGUUUCAGUGCAGAGCCUUGCACAUCUUUUUAAGAAAUUUAUCCCUGAGUAUUAAAUGCUUUUUGAUAAUAAUGUAAAUGGUACUUUUUAAAUAUAAAUUUUCUAAUUUAUUGCUUGUAUAUGGAAAUACAGUUACUUUUUGUAUAUUAAAUUUGGAUCCUGCAAACUUGCUAAACCAUUCCUUAAGAUUUUUAUAUACACAUCAUGUCAUAUGUGAAUAAAGAAGUUUUACUUCUUCCUUUCC